AUGGUUGACUCUCCCAUCGAAGAUAAUCACGACAAUGAUGCUACACCUGCUCGCAUCUCUAGACCAUCCUCUGUCGCAGAUCAUGAAGGCUCAUUGAGGCAGAGCGUAAAUGUAGCAUUAGUCACCGAAUCAAGUUCGAACAUUGACGAAAUCGAUAUAUUGAUCAGCAGCGAAGAAGAAGCCAUUGAAGUCGUCGGCUUUGCAUCUUGGCUUAUGGCGGAAGAAAAAGCAAAACAGUCACUUUCGGCCCUCAAUACUGCCAUUCAUCUAUUUCGGCGAGUCAUAGACCACCGUUUGCCAACACACCCUCUCUAUUCAGACGCAUUGCACAAUCUUCAGUGCGCAUUGGUUACUCGGACGACGCACACUGGUGAAUUGUCCGAUUUGGCGGAAAGUAUGCGCCUCCAAUUAGAGCCACACUCAGGUACAAACGACAUACAACAUGAAGACAAUACCCCCUCGGGUCAACUUGAAGAAGACGACGAUGAUGUGAAAGCUAUGGAACGAGUUGCCAAUAUUCUGUUAUCAGAAUUCAACCGAUCGAUAUCUUUUGUCGUUUGCGACACGGUUAUCUUCCUCCUCAAUCAGGCCCUUCCACAUCUGGCGUCACUGCAUGAUACUCGGUUGACAGCUUGCAGUACACUUGCUGAAGGGCUAUAUGCUCGACAUCAUCAUCACGCUCGUUCAGUGACUAGUGACCUAGACGCAGCAAUUUGUGCCCUCGAUGACGCUCUCAAAAUUUGCAAAAACGAGGAUCAGGAACGUGAAUUAGUCAUGAAAGUCACCGAGUUGUUAUUUCAACGAUUCCUUAUUGCCGGGAAUGCCUCUGACAUGGAGGCGAUUAUCCCUUACCUGAUGAAACUGAUUGCUCAAGAAAAGAAUGCUCCAGACGACAUGUUUAGAUGUGCGGUACAAUUUCAAGAACUAUUUGAAGACACGGGCAACAUAAACCAUUUGGAUACCUCCGUCCAGUUCUACAGGAAAGGUAUGAGACAGCUACUCGAAGGAAGCGACGACCUUACUCGUUGGAUCACCAACCUGGCUUCUGCCCUGUUGACCCGGUUUAAGCACAGCGGUCAGGAAAGUGAUCUUGAAGAAGCUAUAUCUCUGUACAGAACGGGCCUUAAGCUGCAACCGUCGCACCAUCCCCUUCGACCUUUGACUCUCAACUAUCUAGCAUGUGCUCUAAUUGCUGAAUUUGAGCAUGGAGUUCCGAACAACAUCCUGGAUGAAGUUAUUACUCUGUACAGAGAAGUCCUAGGACUGUUACCACUGCUCGAUCCCUUUCGAACCCUAAUUCAGAUUAGCCUAGCAAAUGCACUGUGUCUCCGCUUUUCGGGGGAAAACGGACAGCAGAGUGAUAUUGAUGAAGCAGUUCGGAUAUUUAGACAGGUCCUUGAAUUGCAACCUGAAAAAUCCUCGUCUCUCGAGAAUGUGGCAAGCACAUUGUGGUUGCGAUUUCAGAAAGGACGUCAACAAAGCGACCUUGAUGAAGCCGUUACAUUGCUCAAACAAGCUCUCGACCUUCGACCAUGGCCUGAUUCCGAACGAUUCUCUUCUCUCAACAAUCUUUCCUGCAGAUGUGCUUCUCUAACCAAUCUGGCCACUUUUCUCUCCACCCGCUAUACCCAAGGCGGUCAGCAAACUGACCAGGAUGAAGCUGUCUCUUUGGUUAGGGAAACUCUUGAAUUACAACCAGUUCCUCAUCCCGAGCGAUUCAAAUCUCUCGACACGCUGGCUAGCAUGUUGACGUAUCGAUUUGAGCGGCAAUGUGGUCAGAGAGCCGACCUUGAUGAAGCCAUUUCUCUACAGAGACAAGCUCUUGAACUUCAACCAUCAACCCAUCCCGAUCGAGUUAACUUGCUCAGCAACCUGGCGGUGGCUUUGAGUGACCGUUUUAAGGAAGAUUGUGUCCUAAGUGACCUUGAUGAAGCAAUAUCGACUUAUCGGCAUGUUCUCGAACUCCAAACGUCAUCUCAUCCUUUCCCACACUCGAUUCUUCGUAAUCUAGCCAAGGCCUUGCUGACCGGGUUUGCGUCACGCAAGCAGAAAACAACUGCACUAUGCACCCGAUAUGAGCAUGGAGGCUCCAACGACGAUUUUGAAGAAGCAGUGAGGUUGUGGUCCAGUGCCGUACAGUAUCGCUUCCAAUCUUCUCCCAUGGCGCUUUCUAUCUGCACCAGGUGGAUAAUUUACGCCAAAAGCUGCCAUACUUCGCUACUGGCUGCAUACGACACUGCGUUACAAAUCCUGCCCAAAGUUGCCGCUUUAUCUUUGACUAUGGAAUUACGUCACCAUGCAUUAGAUUUAGGAACCGAUGGCUUAGCUAGAGAUGCAUGUCAAUGCGCAAUCCAGGCAGGAUCAUUUUCCAAGGCUGUCGAAUUGUUAGAAGCCGGAAAAAGUGUCUUUUGGGCCCAGGUCCUCUCUCUUCGAUCACCGUUUGAUCGACUGUGCGCCAUACAGCCGGAUUAUGCGAAAUUUGCACAUAGGUUACAAAUUAUCGCUCGGGAACUUGAGACGGGCUCACAGAGGAACGUUUCCGCCGAUAUUUUGGACAACCGUACCAGAUUGUCUAUUGACGAAGAAUCGUCUCGCCUUAAUCGCCUCCACGAAGAAUGGGAAGAAAUAAUACUCAAAGUGAGGGGCUUGCCAGGAUAUGAAGAUUUUCUCCGUCCUCCCUGCUACUCAACGCUCAAAACAGCAGCAUCGAAUCAUCCUAUUGUACUUCUCAUCGCCAACUCGGACGAAAGCCACUGCCUCAUUAUAUCAACAACCCAACAUCAUAUCGGGCUUCCAGACAUGGGCGCGCAAUUUUUAAGUGGACUUGUCUAUCUAGUUCGUAUGGCUGUCUCUGAUCUGCCAACAUCACGAUCUAUGCAUGAUGGCAUGCAAAAUAUUUUACUUGAGUCUGAGGUAGGGCGUUUUAUAAGGCGGGGAAUUAGCUUCCAGGAUGAUGGUGAUAUUCCACCCGACUUGACUUUGAAGAUAGUUCUCGUAAUUCUUUGGGAAAUGCUGGUUAAGCCUGUCAUUGAUCUACUUGAUAUCAAGACAGAAAAUUUGCAGAAGUCAGAUAAUCCGCCCAUUAUUCAAUGGUGUGCAACUGGCUAUUUUACUUUCCUUCCUAUACACGCUGCGGGCAUUUAUGCAGAUGACAAUUCGGUCAUCGACUCUGCAGCAGAUUACUUCAUAUCUUCUUACACUCCAACCAUUGGGAUACUGAUCCCAAAGCCGUCCCCUACCCCACCCACCUUUAAGAUGAUGGCUGUUAUACAGCCGCACGAGUUGCCAUCGACCAAUUUGGACUUGCAAAAAAUCCAGGACCAUGUACCCCACGAUGCUCUUAUUUCGAUGGGGAUCCCUGGAUCUCCUGCCUCUGUCGAAACCGUUGCUUCGCACCUCUCAGAAGUAUCCAUCGCUCACUUUGCAUGCCAUGGUCACCAGAAUCCGUCCCAGCCACUGGACAGCUGGCUCAAGCUUGAUGAUGGUCAACUAAAGAUCUCGAGGAUUAUCAAGGAAGAAAUGCUCAAUGGUGGAUUGGCAUUUCUUUCUGCUUGCGAAACUGCUAUGGGCGACAAAAAACUGCCAGACGAAGCUAUGAGCUUGGCUGCCAGAUUAUUAUUUUGUGGAUUUAAGCGGGUUGUCGGUACUAUGUGGAUGAUCAAGGAUGAAGAUGGGCCCGUCGUCGCCGAUGCGUUUUAUCGUGAACUCUUCCGUGGUCCUAAUGGUGAGAAGACAGACAUUCCUAAUGUGUCCAAGUCAGCAUAUGCUCUUCAUGCUGCCGUCAAAGAGCUACGUUCGCGAAAUGUUUCGUUCCGUAGAUGGGUUCCUUUUAUUCACAUGGGACAACGUUGA